AUGUUCCUUAUCUUGAAUCUAUCCCCAUUAUUCGCCCCAAUUCUUCUCUUCUUUCCUUUACUUCUUACUUCUUAUCUGUUGCGUUCUGCUGACUGUUGUAUUCAAUUGGGACUUCCUUUCGUUCAGUUGAGGAGUUGGAGAGGGAAGCAACACGAAUCAACAACGCAUACCGGCGCUGCUGCUGCUGCUGGUGCGAUGGCAUGGGUUUUCGGUGGCGGUGGCUGGAGGCGAUGUGAAGGGAUUUCACUAAUCAAGUCAUCUGAUGGGGGUGAGCAAGGAGGAGAAACAAAAACCCCAUCAUCAGAAAUCAAAUAUGUUUAUGAUGAUCAGUCUGGUCUUCGUUCAAUUUGGGAGAAAUAUUAUGAGGAGGCACAUGUUGUUAUCUUUGUAGUUGAUGCUUCUUGUCCGUCACGUUUUGAAGAUUCCAAAUCUGCCCUUGAAAAGUUGCUUAGGCAUGAGGAUCUACAAGGUGCCCCUCUUCUUAAUACUAGCCAACAAACAGAGUUAGAAGAGGAAAAGAAAUCUCAAGCUGAAAGAGAUAAGAUGCUGCAAAUGCAAGUGUUGCAUUCUUCAUUUCAAUUGUUAGUUGUACUGCUAAUGAUGGAAGCUGCUAAUAAAGGAAAUGGAAGAAGCCGCAUGAAAUAG